GUAUAAAUACAAAGUGAUUAAAGUUUGAGAUUUAGGUUAUGCUUACACACUUAGUCGGAACUUUUGUUUUAUCAGGGCUAGAAAGCGCUCCUCUCCACGCUGAAUUCAAACAAAAUUUGUUAAAGUCACACGAAGAGAAAACUUUAAAUUCUAAAACGAAAUACUCAAUCUAGCCAUUAACCGAACGACUCAGAUAAAGAACUCAAAUCAUUCGAACUCAGAAAUCUCCGAAACUAAAAUAGAACAACAAGUGGACUAAACGAAAUUCCGAAGAUCCGAUCCUCGGCCAGAGAGCAAAAUAUGUGCAAUGUCAAAAUUUGUUUUCGAUAGUAUGCUGCCAAAGUAUCCACAGUUCCAGCCGUUUAUCAGUUCGCACCACUUAACCACCACCCCCCCGAAUUCGUCAUCUGCAGCAGUUGCCGCCGCCCUAGCCGCCGCCGCCGCCUCUGCCUCCGCCAGCGUUUCAGCCAGCAGCAGCAACAACAACAGCAGCAACACGAUCGCUGGAAGCAACACAAGCAACACCAACAAUAGCAGCAGCAGCCCAAGCAGCAGCAGCAACAACAACAGUAAUCUCAAUUUGAGCGGAGGAUCCCUAUCGCCGAGCCAUUUGAGCCAACAUCUGGGCCAAUCGCCCCACUCACCCGUAUCCUCAUCGUCGCCCUUCCAGCAGCACCACCCACAGGUGCAGCAGCAACACCUGAACCACCAGCAGCAGCAACAUCUGCACCACCAGCAGCAGCACCACCACCAAUACUCCUCGCUCUCGGCCGCUCUUCAGCUACAGCAGCAACAACACCACAUUAGCAAACUAGCCGCGGCCGCAGUUGCCUCGCACGGUCACGCCCACCAGCAACUGUUGCUAACGCCCCCUUCAGCGGGCAAUUCUCAAGCGGGCGACAGCAGCUGCUCCCCAUCGCCCUCGGCGUCCGGUAGCUCCUCGCUACACCGCAGCCUCAACGACAACUCUCCCGGCUCCGCAUCCGCGUCCGCCUCCGCAUCCGCGGCCAGUUCCGUCGCUGCUGCUGCAGCCGCCGCCGCCGCUGCGGCUAGCUCCUCGUUUGCCAUCCCCACCAGCAAGAUGUAUCCGUACGUUUCUAACCACCCUAGCAGCCAUGGAGGGCUCUCCGGAAUGGCCGGCUUCACCGGACUGGAGGAUAAGUCGUGCAGCAGGUACACGGACACCGUCAUGAACAGCUACCAGUCGAUGAGCGUACCUGCCUCGGCAUCUGCACAGUUCGCUCAGUUCUAUCAACAUGCCACAGCCGCCGCAUCCGCGGUAUCCGCUGCCAGUGCCGGCGCGAUCGGCGUGGACUCUCUGGGAAACGCCUGCACACAGCCCGCCUCCGGCGUGAUGCCAGGGGCAGGGGGAGCGGGCGGAGCCGGUAUAGCCGAUCUGCCCCGGUAUCCCUGGAUGACACUUACAGACUGGAUGGGAAGCCCCUUCGAGCGUGUCGUUUGUGGCGAUUUCAACGGCCCCAACGGCUGUCCCCGAAGGCGCGGUCGCCAGACCUACACUCGCUUCCAGACCCUCGAACUGGAGAAGGAGUUUCACUUCAACCACUACUUAACUCGGCGAAGGCGCAUCGAGAUCGCACAUGCCCUCUGCCUGACCGAGCGACAGAUCAAGAUCUGGUUCCAGAACCGGCGCAUGAAGCUGAAGAAGGAGUUGCGAGCCGUCAAGGAAAUAAAUGAACAGGCGCGACGCGAUCGCGAGGAGCAGGAGAAAAUGAAGGCCCAGGAGACGAUGAAAUCCGCCCAGCAGAACAAGCAAGUGCAGCAGCAGCAGCAACAGCACCAGCAGCAGCAACAACAGCCGCAGGACCACCACUCGAUCAUCGCACACAAUCCAGGCCACUUGCACCACUCGGUGGUAGGUCAAAACGAUCUCAAGCUUGGCCUUGGCAUGGGCGUGGGCGUCGGAGUGGGCGGCAUCGGGGCGGGCAUCGGUGGCGGCUUGGGGGGCAAUCUGGGCAUGAUGAGCGCCCUGGACAAGAGCAAUCACGACCUGCUAAAGGCGGUCAGCAAGGUCAACUCCUAAGCUGAUAACAACCCAUCGCCCAGCCGAGCCAACGAGCCAAUCUUCCACCAGCCGCACCACUAGCACCACCACCGCAGCCACCGCCAGGAUCAGCGUCCGGCGUUAUUUUUCGUCUCCUCGUCUGUGUAGCGCGCGAGAUAGCAAGCAGAAGAUAAACUCGAUAACUAAAAUACGUAAAGUUUUACAUAGUAAAUAGUUGCAUAAGUCUACAAAAAACAUACAUACACGCAAAUGGCUGGGUGCGAUGGCUUAGAGGCAAUUAACUGGACCGGGUUUUAUUGCUGUGGAUCGACGCUUUCUGAGGUUUCCCCAAUUGCAGUGGCCUAUUUGAUAGAGCAACGCAUGCGAUUCCCUUCCAGAUCUCCAGUGGCAAUUUGUGUAUUCGACAUUUCUUCCAUACUUUCGCUUUUGCAACCCCUAAAUCGGCAAUUCAACCCCCAGUGCAGAGUCUCUGGGCCAACGGGCCCAAUUCGGUAAUAUUAAUGAAUAACUUGAACUACUUAGAAUAGCGGCAAAUGCCUAAGGAAGAAGUUAGCAGGAGACGCGAUCUAUAUAAAUGAAUAUUGACGAAAUGAGCGAUUUUUGAUAGUCAGAGAACUCCGUUGCCCACCAUCAACCAACUUCCAAUGGAAGUGCUUUUGGGGAAGGCAACUCGACGGAUUCGAGUGUAAAAUUAUUUGCGACUGCUGUAGGAUAACCUAGUUCGAUAUUUAGAGCCACGUUCGACUAUGUUAAACGGUAUAUGAAUACAUAAAUAUAUGGAUAUGCUUACAGAUUAAAGAUACUUACCUAUAGAGUUAUAGAGCGUACGUUUUGUAUCCACUUAUUUAUUGGAAAUUUAUGUUUAUGUUUUAAAAAAAAAAAACCCCCUCUUCCAAUGUUUUGUUAAGUGAUGUGUUUACUGUGUGUUUGCUGUAUUUCGUUGUAUGCCAACGCUUGAAUACAAUGAUUUCUUCAAUGCCAUAUUAAUCUUAACUCGAGAGCAAGUAAACAAUUAAGCAGCUAAAGUAAAGUACGCAAAACAAUUGCGCAAGUAUUUCCAUAAAUACCAGUUGUAAGAACAAACGGUAUGCAACAUACCUAAAAGCAUAAUCACGAUUUCAAAUACGUAAUAUUAAUAAUGAGAUAUGAAACAGAAAUGGAGUAAGACGGAGCUGAUAAAUUAAAUGUCGUUUGCCAGUGACUAAAAUUUUAAAUUAACUACCAUUAAGCGAAGAACUAAAUAGGCAUCGCUUGAAAGGCCUACAAAGCUACAAAAAAAACAACAAACAGAAAUGAAACUCUGAAAUACGUAUUAGCUUAAGGUUGCAACCACAAAAAACUGUCGAAUGAAGGCCAAGAAGGGGGAGUUAUAAAAA